AUGGUCAUUAUCGCUAUUCUCAGCCAGCUCAAGCUUUCGCUACGCGACCUGAGGAGGCUAUGUCUCAGGCACAGGCUAGGCGAGAAACAGAGCGAUGGUGUACCAGAAGGCCUGCAAUCAGCAUUGGACCUCGCGAGAACCGGUGUGAAAGAUCUCAGCGAGCCAACAGUCCAGAAGACCCAGAAAGCCGAUGAUGUCCACUCAAACACUAAUACUCAAAUUUUGUCUCAAGCCGAAUGGGAGCGCUACAAGGUGGUCUUGGACACAGGCGAGCAAGUGAGGACAGCCAGAGUCCACGCGAAAGGGACCAACCACAUCCGUUCCUGGGCCGGUGGCUUCAGCAUUGGAGUUAAGAAAGUAGUAACCGAGCCCAAACGUUUCCUAUGGGCAACUGUCGAUAAGGCGAGCUUUCAGGGACUGCUUGAUAGAGUCAAGUCUCUUGUGGCUAACUUACUGAGGACUUUAACCCAAGACCAAAUGGUGGAAGUUUUGCAGGUUGUCCAAGAAAUACGACUCCUGUUACUCUCAGUCACGAAGACAAAGGAAGGAAUGCAAGCUUUGAAAGUAGACGAUUCCACGAUUGCAUCGUUAUCGGGCUCGACACUCGUCGAGCAUCAAAGCUUCGGCAAAGCCAACCCAGAGAGCUUGCCUGAAGAGUCCGUCCAGGCCGAGAUCCAGUUCAACAUUUUUUAUUCUCAAGCAGUGAACUUCUUCAUCGACGUCAAGAGCCAUGUAGGCCUCGCCCGAAAGCCGCUGGACCCGGUCACAGACAAGAUUGUAGAGUACGCAGACCAGCCCACUGAGCAUGACUCCCGAACAAUGGUACAAUUCGCGGGCGAGCCUGCCUGGAUCGAGUGGAAGCCAUAUGAUGCCGAGGUCUGGUGGGACAGAGAGCUUUCCAUCUCCGAUACAAGAGCUCCAGCUAAGGCAAAGGAGAGCGCUGAGCUGCUGAGCGCUCUCUUGAGCUUUCCGCGGAAGCCCCAAGAGUUCUGCUUACCACCAUUCCAAGGCAUGUUCGACGACACAAUGCAAAGUAGGUUCGGAUUCGUGUUCAAAGAGCCUCCAGAAUCGAAAAACAACUCUUUGGGAGUGACACUGCACUCGCGUCUGCUGGAACCAUCCCCGCCACUCCACGAACGUGUCGAACUUGCUCAGCAACUCAGUCAGUGGCUUCUGUAUCUGCACUCGGUCACGUGGCUCCACAAAAGCAUAUCGAGUACUUCGAUCAUGUUCUUUCCUGUCGAAGGUGGCGGCUACAGUCAAGCAUAUAUAGGUGGUUUCGAAUACGCCAGGCUCGUCCAAUCCGGAACCACAGGUGGAGACAGUGACCUCAAAAGAGCACUGUACACUCAUCCGAAAUAUCUCCCAGGGAUCACGAGCGGCUUUCGACAGACCUACGACAUGUAUGCGCUGGGAAUAGUGUUGAUUGAGCUUGCUUUCUGGCAACCAGUGCGCCAGAUCUUCGGCUUUGGCGAAUCAGGAUAUCAUGAAGAACUCAAGUUGCCCGCCAUACUCGACGCACAUGAAGCUCUCAUGCAUCCUGGAAGUACAGUGCUAAAGCAGGUUGAGCGACUUAUGGGCAAGCGCUAUACCUCCGCCGCUCGCGCAUGUAUCCAAGGCAUGCCAGCUUUUGGCUUACCCGAGGGAAAGGACCAGGCCGAGCCGCUAAUAUCUGGCCUGUUGCAACAGGCCUUCAUUCGAGUUGUCGUUGGUCCGUUGAAAACUAUUGCUGUGUGA